AUUUCUUCUGAGCAUUACGUAAAUAUUAUGUAAUUAUAAUCGAACAGUAUAUCGGUAAAUUUAUUAAAUAACAAAUUACACUUUCCUUUCGUCCUUUCGAUAAUAGGUAUUACAUAUCCCGCCAAAAAAUUAGCAUAAGAGCAUUUAUGAUCGUUACGACCGUUAGACACAGAGAGCCGCGGAAUUUGUAUGUAUACACACACACACACACACACACACACACACACACACAUAUUGCAUGUGCGUAUAAAAAAGGAAAGAUAAAUAAUAAAUAAGUAUUUGUCAUCGCGUUUGACAUUUAUAUUUUUUUUCAUCGACAACUGUAAUCAUUCGUUGAAUUAAUGAAUUAAUUAAUUAAGCUGACUUAUCGGCAGAUAAAACGUUGGACAAAUUGGAAAGUGGUAUUAUUAUUGGAAAAUGGCAAAUUUAUAUUUGUGGAUUUUUAUGUUGACAUUAAUAUUAAAUCAAGCAAAUUCAGUAAGACUAUUUAACUGGUUAUGGGGUACACAUACCGAUGAUACAAACGUUUUGGUUGCCGAUGGUGUACCUUUGAUAUCAAUACCGUAUGAAGCUAUGACAGAAGAUGAAAAGUUUCUACAAGAAGCUGCAAAAUUUACAGACAUUCAAGUUUCAUCCCCUUUAGAAACGUGUCAGCAUAAAGUAAUUAUGAAAAUAAGAACUUCCUGCUACGAUAUGACCGAAGAGCAGCUUGCCAAAUUGAGCGUCAAUUUAUUGAAUUGUCAAUCAGCAGUAGAAGGAAGAAAAAUGUUUCCCUGUACAGAAGAGAUGUCCCUUAAACAAUGCACCACGGAUAUGGAUGCGGAUAUGUGGAAUGCAUAUCAUUUGAUGAGUAAUAGGGCUCGAGCGGUUUGUUAUGCGGCCCGAAGUACACAAUUUCGUGCUCUAACCGAAUUAACGGUCAAUAAAUUGAUGCAAACUGCACAUUCGCAAAUUAAAACGUUAAUAUCCUUGAAGGAAAGUCAGGAUCGUUUGAUGGAUCGGACAAGCGAGGCGUUAUCCUCGUUGUCGGACAGCAAUAAGGCAUUAUUAUUGCAACAACAAAAUCUAAAGGAUGCUCAAACGAGUGCACACAAAUUGGUAACUACUAAUCUUAGAAAUUUAAAUAACGAAAAGGCAUUGAUCCGCCUAGGUCACUCUCAGCUUGCGACCAUGGUCGAAGACGUGAAAGGGAAAUUAGAGAAGGCAACCGAAGAACUUGUUAAACAAUCUACAGUACGUGGAGAAAGUCAUAAGGAAAUAUUAGAUGACUUAACAAAUAUACAAAAUCAAGUAGGAUUAAUUUGGGAAAAGAUAGAAUCUAGUACUAGCCUUAUACUUGAUCAGCAUCAGGAAGCUGCCAAUCAAUAUGAACAAAUGAUGGAAAAGUUGGCACGUAUUAAUGAUACUAUUCAGUUUAUCUCCAAUGUGACCAAUAAAAUCCGUACAGAAAUAGAACAGAACAUUCAUCAACUCGAUUGGAUUACAGAUUACAUCGGGGAUACUGGGGAACAAUUACAAAAAGUAUAUCGCACAGUUUUGCAUAUUUUAUAUCUAUUAAUUGCCAUGAUAACUGCUGCAUUUCUGAAUGCACCGUUUUGGACCAGAGCGGCUAUAAUGGGCAUUGUACCUUUAAAUCUUUGUUCUUAUCUGAAACAUGGCUUGGACGCUUGCCUUGAUUUUCCUUCUAUCACUGCUUUAAUAUUUUUAAUAACAAUGAUGCAUUUUUUAAUGAAUGGCAUACAAUAUAUUUGUAGAUCCAAAUUUCAAAAUCCUGAUUCAGUAAGAUCGAUUAAUGGGUUAUCCAAUGGUAAUACUCGUAUCUAUGCAUCACCUUCCGAUUCCAAAUCCAUUCAAACAGCAUUCACCUGCUCCGUAAUAACAAAGACAGUUUGCAACUUUUCCAUUACUAUACUUAAUAAAAUAAAUAGUUUAAAAGAAAAAACCAUAAAUCUGAUUCAAUCGGUAGCUUUGUGGAGUCGACAAAAUAUGUCCGUACAAGAGCAGCUUUCUUGUUCGUAUAUACCGGCAAAAAAGUCGCACGAUGAUGUCUAUAACUACGAUUAUCCUGACAUGUCCGACGAUAUUUCACCGGAAGAUAUACCUAACAAAUUUGACAAUAGCUAUAAUAUUACUGAUGAUGUAAAUAAUUUCAUGAAUAGAAACGAUCUCAGAUAUCGCUUAAAAGGAGUAAGGGAGUUUGUUGCUACGACUGAAGACAAAAAUUCAUCUCUAAGCUCAUCCAGGAGCGGUAGCCCAGUACCACGUAUGUUAUGUAAUGGAUUAACGCGAGGCGGGAAGAGAUGCCGUUUGUUUGCAACCGUCGGUCGUGAGUUCUGUUCUCGUCAUUCUACCGGCACAUCCAUUAUAACCGAUUAAUAUAUUUUAAUAAAAAUAAUACUUUUAUAUAGCUAUAUUUAUUAAUCGAUAUAAUAGUAAACAAUAAGGUAUUUCGUAUGUUCCUUAUCGCGUUAACUUAAUUAAAUGUAGUUUAUAGGAAUGUGCCACGAUACAAGGUUAGUGAUAUCUUUCUUAUUUAUUAUAAUACAUUUUGACAAAUGCGCUUAAGACAUGUACGUAUACAAAGUUGUUUAUGAUCUACAUUUUAUAAUUUUUAUUUGAUUUUUACAUAAGAUAUAAAAGCAAAAUACUCAUUACUUUUAUGUAUAUUAUACAAUGUAUGUUGAAAUUGGAUGAAUACUUAAGUAAUUUUAUAAUCUACGAUUAGAGCGUAUAUAAGUUGUCAGUAAGAAAUGCUUCUGUUAUACCCCGAGAUAACAAAAUUAACACAAUAUUUAAGAGGUAGAUAUACUAUUUUAGUUUAAUCAUUUCAAAAAAGUGCCUUAAUAAAAUUAAUAUAAUUUUACGUACAAUCUGAUAUACUUGGAUACAAUAAGUUACACCUAUAAUAAAGGAGUAUUCUAUAAUUUUAGCAUCAUGAUUAACAGUUUGUAAAUUGUGUACGAAUGAGUUUUAUAUACACGCGCACACCCAUACAUUACUCUAAAUUUUAACAUUUAAGUAAUAGAAAAAUUUAGAUAGAAGAAGUUUAUCGAUUAAAUAACGAUAUUUUUAUGUCAAUCAGCUGUACAUCUCAAAUUUGUUAAUUAUUUUAUAAAUUUAUGGCAAAAAUAUAUUUUUCAAACCGAUUGAAAAAUUUUAAUUUUAUUGAUUUACAAAGUUUAAUAUUAAGCGUUAACGCAAACAAAAGUAUCGGUCAAAUGUGUAAUCAUUUUAAAAAUGUAGUUUUUCUCCGUCAGAUGGCGAGUAGAUCGAGUAUGUUGACGUUUAAAUGGAAUAACAUCUAAUACGUGCGGUUAUAUGUGAGAAAGAAAAAAGAAAUUAACCACUUAUUAUUUAUAUAUUCGCUCCCCCCCCCCCGUCCUCCCCGUAAUAA